AUGUCACCAUCAACACCGAAAGAGAAGUUGGAACGUCUGCCCUCAUAUAACGAUUACUAUAAAAAAUUCAAUGAGAAGAAGGGUAACUGCGAUGGAAAUAAAUCCUGGACAACAGUAAAAGGGGAACUGGAUGAUUAUCGAGGUAUUCAGAAUUAUGCCGAAAGAAUUGUAAAAGCCUUGUGUUAUGUACUAAAAAUGGAAGCAGGCCACAAUUUAUAUCAGGAACGGUGGAAUUUUUUUUAUUACUGGCUGGGGGAUAUAUUUUCUAAGAAUUUACGUGAAGCCAGUGGAUUUGAGAGUGAUAUGGACAAAAUUUACGAAGACUUAAAGCCAAUGAUUACGGAUACGCCGGAGUGUAAAAAUCUGUACCCUAAUAUUGACAGAGAUAAGUUCAGUAAAAUGAAAACAAUAUUCGACUAUUCCUACGACUAUAAUACCAUAGAAAAAGACCUCCAGAAUGUUGAAUCCAAUUGUAAUGGGGAUCAAUGGUCAACUUAUCGCCAAAAAGUUACUGAUGCAUGUGAAAAAUUGCACCAAUAUUGCGCAAUUACAGACAGUAAAAAUGGGCCAUAUUGCGACGACUUUAAAGACAAGUACAAAGUAUAUUGUGAGGCAGCAAAACUGCCAAAAUUACAAUGCGAAUUAAAAUCUGUACAAGAAAGAAUGGAGCAUCAAGCGGCAGCAACCACUAAAGAAAAAAACGAUGCCGUUCGUCAAGCCACCACCACUUCUUCCAUCUCUUCUAUCUUUGGCACCUUAGCAACCAUAGGUACCCCUUUCUUAUUAUAUAAGUAUAAACCAUCGUCAUCUUGGUUUGGUAACCAUUCAACUGGAAGAAGAAGAGGGAAAAGAUCUGCCGAGCGUGAAAUCGAAACAUUAACGGAAUCUUCCACAACGGAUUCCAUAUUGGAUGCAUGCGAAAAUUCCACAGUAGGGUCUGGUGCAUACAACGCAAGACAGUCUACCGGGGGAAGAAGAAAUAAUAAUACGCGGGGUCGCGGAAUGGUACGUUAUCAGAACGUGUAA